AUGUCUUUUCAAAGAAAUGUUGUAAAAAAAAGACAUUUUCUUUUGUCAUUUCUUUUUCUAUAUAUUUUUUUUAUAAGUAUUUUUCCUGAUACAAUUGAUGGUAGUAAAAAUACAAAUAGCAUAUUAAAGAAAAAGAAGAAACAUGUAUAUAUGUCUUCAUUUGCCUAUUUACGCGUUACUUUACAUCAAGAUCCAUCUUUUAAGGGAAAAGAGUAUUGUGUAAAUUAUAAUCAAUUUCCAUAUAAAGAAAUUCCAUCAACACCUGAAGAAGCUCCAAAAAGUUCAUUUCAAGAGUUAGGAAGAUAUACAUUUUUUAAUGAUAUAACAUAUAAAAAUAUAACAUUAGGAACAUCAUUUAAUGAAAUUAAAAUUAAUCAAAUAUUAAAUGCAUUACCACAUAAAGGAAUUGACAAUCUUCUUUUUUAUUUUAAAAAACGUACUUCUGAUAAGGAAAAGGAUACAAGAUAUAUAACAUCAAAUUUUUAUUUACCACAGCAUACUCGUCACCCAACACCAAUUUUUUAUGUUUAUAAAAAUGAUUUUGAUGAUUUAAAAAAAUUAGGAAAUAAUAGUGAUUUAAGAUUUCAAUUUUAUAGACCAAAAGAUUCAAAAUUUGAAUUUGCUGAAAUAUUUAUAUUUUUAAUUGCAGUAAUAUCAAUAAUACUUGGUAGUAAAUUAGGUGUAUAUAAUGCGUCAAAAAGAAGCCAAAAAAAAGUAACACUCCCAACAACAACACAAGAUUAUGAUUUAUCAGUAACAUCAAAAUGUACAGAUAAUAAUAAUAAAAGUACCUCUACAAUUAAUGUAAAUGGUGAAAAUGAAACUCCAUCAAGAGCUGUAACAUCUUUUUGUAUAUUAAUUCAAAUAUCAUUUUUGGCUGGAAUUUUAAUUUUAACAUACUUUUUUAGAAAUGAAAUGAUGGUCAUAUUUUAUAUAGCAGUAAUAAUUGUAGGAACAUUUUCUAUAGGAAUAUUAUUUCAAACUUUAUCAUUAAUAAUAUUUAAAAAAGAUUUAUUUAAAAUAUCAUUAAAUGAUAUUUUUAAAAAUUUUUUUGACAAAACAAUUAAUAUUGGAAUUUUUAAUGAAAGAUUUGGUUUUUAUAGUAUUAUUGGUUAUUCAUUAGGAUUUGCGAUAACCGUUAUAUGGUUUUUUAACAAAGAUAAUCCAUAUUCAUUUUUGUUGCUUAAUUUUAUUAAUUUAUGUAUCUCAAUCAAUUUAAUCUCACUUCUUGAAACAUAUCGUUUUAUAUGGAUAAUUGUUGUUAUGAUAGGAUUACUUCUUUAUGAUUUUUUUAUGGUUUUUGUUACACCAUACAUCACACCAGAUGGUUGUUCAAUGAUGAUUAAAGCUGCUACUGGUAAAGAUUGUCAAUCACCAGAACAAAAGGCUAAAAUGGCAUAUGAUGAAUGGGAACCAUUACCAUCACCAGAACAAAAUUUUAUUCAUACAUCUAUCGCACCAAUGGUAUUUAUGUUUCCACGGUUGGCUGAUUCAAUGUUAUCAUGUCUUGAUUUAUCAAUUGAACUUGAAUAUCGACCAACAAUAUUAGGUAUGGGAGAUGUUGUAAUACCAGGAAUUGCUGUAGCAUUUGCACAUCAUGCAGAUAAAUUUUUAUUUAAACAAAAAACUUAUUAUGGUACAUUUUCAAUAAUCGGGUACAGUAUUGGUUUGGUAACAACAAUGUUUGCAUUAGAAUAUAUGCAAAUGGCACAACCGGCAUUAAUUUAUCUUGUCCCAUUUACACUCUUAGCAAUUAUUAUACCAGCAUUGAUAAGGAAAGAGUUCAAAAAAUUUGUUUUCAGUGAUCUAUCAUACAAUGAAGACUAA